GACCUUAUUGCUACAAACCAAGAGACUUAUGGCUCAACAUUUGUGCCAUUGAUUAUUGGCAGUGACAAAACAGUUGUAUCCUUUCCUAGAGGCCAAACAAAAUACCACCUGCUGUAUCUUUCCAUCAGCAACACUCACAAUAGUAUAUAA